AUGUCGCUCGAGGAUGGGUUCGACAUUCGGAUGAGGCUGCGGAUAUUGCCCAUUCGAAAGUCUUCUGGGCCACGCAAAGCGUCAAAGGCCCUAAAGGCCGACACUCGAGAACGCCAGUUCACACUCACAUCGCUUGUAGAUCAAGCAACAACAAAUCACAAUCUCUCCAUAGUCGGGUACAGGUGUUGCAAAUGGUUCCGAACAACAAAAGAACUGUCCAACGGCGAAUUGCUGAAGAAGUCACUUGUUGGAGAGGUCGACAUCUUUGUUGCCUCGAGAAGUGCGUGGCUUGUGCGGUUCAACGUCAACGGCGAAAUCGAACAAGUGCUUAUGAACGCCGAGCAAGUUGCAAAGGCAAUUCACAUUGCCUAUCACAACGGCGUUGAUGUCACAUCAAAAAUGUCCCUCGUAGUAUAA